UUUAAAAAUACCUCGUUUGCUCUCUCCAUCCAUCGUAUCGUCUUGACUUUCCCUCACUUUCUCGCUCUCCAAACAGGUUGCGAUUUUUCCCAGGUAGCGGCAAUUCCGCGUCCAUGGAUCCCGACGUCGUCGAAAUCCCGCCUCCGGUACCCCGGCCGCCGAGAAUGCUCAAACACAAAGAGGUUAUGCGGCAUGAUCUAAUUGAACUUGAUCAAGAGGAAGAUAGUGUUGACCUCAUGCUAUUUGGCGAGGUAGAUGAGAAAAAUGUUAAAGGAAAGGCAAUAAAAUUUAUUGCUGAUGAAUACAAUGAUCAUUCAGUUGAGGAAGCUAUGGUCAAUCCUUUUGGACUCGCUGGUGUGGAAGCAUUUGGAUCGCUAAAUGGGGUUGAGGCUUCUAAGACUUUUGUCCCACCAUCGCAAAAUGUAAUCAACCUAGAGGAUCAGAGCUCAGAUGCAUCUUGUGAUGAUGACAAUGACGACACAGAUCUGUUUUCUGAAGAUUUUAUGGAUGUUGAUGAGUAUGCCAUGUUGCAAGCUCACUUUGAUAAUGUGGAUAUUCCUCCUGGAAUAGAAGCACCCAUCCCUUUUAUGUUGGAUCGGCCGAAAAGUAAAAAGAAACCUGUUACCGGAGGUAGUUUUGUUCAAAUGCCGUUUCCGAUACAAUCAGGUACUGUUGGUCUCAAUGGCAACGAUUCAUCUUCGUCUUCUUGGUUAUCAGAGCCUUCUCAUUUUAGCAUGAACCCAACCUCUGGGAAUAGUUCAAACUUGCCGACCCAAAUGGACUCUACGAGUCAGCCUACCAUUGAAGUGGAACUAUCACCACCUUGGUUCCCAUCGCAGUCUUCCCAAAGUAAAAAGAAGCCAAAUGCUUUGCAACAUAGAGGGGCUGUUCCCAAUGUCCCACUUGGCAUAGCAUCUAGAUCUCGGUGGCGAAGACCUUUUCAGUAUAGAAAGAAGCAACUUAAUUUGAGUAGUUCAACUAAUCAUGAUUCUGUAAAUCAGUUAGAAGUGAUGAAGCUCCCUUCUCGAGUUGAGCCAUCUUUUUGGGAUCCUCAUAUUCCUCACAACAUAAAGAAACAAGUUGGUACAGAUGCUUUUCACAGUUCAAGCUUUCCUGCGUAUGCAGAGAUGUCAAAGCUUCCUACUGAAGUGGGAUCAUCUCUCCCUUGGUCACAGGCACCUUUCAAUCCUAAUUUUAAGUCACCUUUCUUUAUUCAUACUGAUUAUUCAAGUUUUUGUCCUCCAUUGGGUUCGGCAUAUCAUCCUCAAGGUAUCUACCCACGGGUUGGAAAUUUUAACCAUAAUUUGAAGAAUGAUGUUGCCAUAGGUGUUUCAACAGACAGUGUUGAAGAAGCACCUACUCCUAGCAUGGAUAGAGGUGAAAUUAUGAGGAAAUUCCAGCUUUUCAAACAAUUUGAUACUGUUGAUGAUCAUUCCGACCAUCACUAUACUAGAAAUGGUUCUUCAUCGACUAGCAAUGGUUCUUCAUUGAAGCAUUCAUCAAAGAAUUGGGCAAAGCGAAUCCAGGAGGAGUGGAAAAUUCUGGAGAAGGAUUUGCCUGAUACUAUAUUUGUUAGGGUUUAUGAGUCAAGAAUGGAUCUUUUGAGAGCUGUCAUAGUUGGAGCAGAGGGGACUCCAUACCAUGACGGUUUGUUCUUCUUUGAUGUCUUCUUCCCCAGCAGCUAUCCCAAUGUACCACCGCAUGUCCAUUAUCACUCUGGUGGCCUUCGACUAAAUCCAAAUUUGUAUAAUUCUGGGAAAGUAUGCCUCAGUCUUCUCAAUACCUGGUCUGGUGAUAAGAAUGAGAAGUGGAUCCCAGGUACAUCAACCAUGUUGCAAGUUUUGGUCUCCAUACAAGGGCUGAUUUUGAAUACCAAACCCUAUUUUAAUGAGCCUGGACAUGCACCAACGAGUGGGUCGUUAGCUGGUGAGAAGAGGUCACUGCAGUACAAUGAGAGCACAUUUAUCCUGUCUUUGCAAACGAUGAUGUACUCGAUGAAGAGACCUCCAAGGCAUUUUGAGGAUCUCGUAAGGGGACAUUUCUGCAACCGCGCUCAUGAUAUUCUGGUUGCUUGUCAAGCAUACAUGGAUGGUGCUCAGGUUGGAUGUCUGGUUAAAGGUGGUGUUCAGGAUGUCGAUGAGGGUGACAAGAGCUGCUCAAAGCAGUUCAAAGACUCUUUGGCCGGGCACGUGAAUAUGCUUGUCAAGGAAUUUUCUAAAAUUGGAGUUGAGGACUGUGAGAAAUUUCUUUCACCAACCGUAAAUGUGAACAAGAAAAUGGGUAGCAUGUCUCGGGUUGCUCCAUGAAUGCUUCCACCAAAUCAUGAUGAGGAGUUCCAUUAGUUUGACAUAAACAUUUUAAACUUAGGCUUCGUUCUUCGAUUCAAAUAGUCUAGACCUAAUUUAUAGAGGAUAUUUUGUGUAUAUCCCUCUCUUUUCAGACAUGCAUUUUGGGAUAUUGUACAUAAAUGAAAAUAUGGAUGGGGAUUACAGGGUCUAAGGCGCUGUUCAUGAAACUGUACUCAGUGAACACUUGUAGAGCUAAAUUAUUGGUAAUAGUGGUAUAUUUACUGCAAUAAUGAAAAGCUAAUAGUAGUGUUGAA